AUGAUAAAAAGAUUACUGAACAUUCAUAAUUUUUGUUCUUUAAAUAGAUUUACAUGUUGGAGGAAACAUAUGAGAUUACAUAAUAUGAUAUAUAGAAAUAAUUAUGAAUAUAGUAAUAAAAAUUGUUUUAUAGAAGAAUAUAGUAGAAAGUAUAUUCAUACACAUAAUAAUAUAUAUAUAAAAAAAAAAAUAUAUGAUAUAAUACCAUAUUUAUGUAUAUGUAAAGAUGUAAAAAAUAUAACAUCGAAUAUAAUAUUUUAUAUUUUAGAAAAUUUAAGUACAAAAAAUGUUGUUAAUAUUAAUGAAUAUAAAGAUAAUAUAAAAAAAAUAUAUUUUAAUAUAAUGAAAUGCUAUCAUAAAAUCUUUGAAAAUAAUAAUGAAUAUGGAGAAUAUAUAUUUACUCUCUUUAAUGAUGAUAUAAUUUUAUCAGUUAGUCCUUCAUUAAAAAAAAAACAAAAAAAUAUUAUACAGGAUAUAUUGUUAAAUAGUUUAAAUUUCUUUUUUGAAAAUAAUAAAACAUAUAAAAAUAAAUUAAAUAUAAAUUUGAUGUGUAAUAUAAUUAAUUAUCCAAAAUUUUUAUAUGUAUUACAUUCAAUUAAUUAUGAUAUGAAUAUAAUAAAAGAAAAUUUAAGUGUGCAAAAUGUGGAUUAUUUAUUAUCUCAAUAUAUUAAUACAACAAAAUAUAUUACUACAGCAAUUGAAUUCUCUUCAUUUUUUAAAACGCCUAACAUGAAUAUUUUAACACCUUUUAAGAAACAUGGUACAUUUAAUUAUUCUUUAUUAUUAGAACAUAUAGUAAAUAAGCAGUUAAAAAAUGCACUCCUCUUGUUAUUGAAGGAUAUUGAGUGUAGUCAAUUAAAGCAGGAAAUACUAUUAUAUCUGGUAUCUUCAGAUGAUAUUACAGGCCUGUGCUUAAACGAAUGGGCUUAUUUAGCAGCAAAGGAAUAUUUACUUAUGAACAAACGUACAAACGAUAAUAGUAAAAAUAUAAAUGUUAACAUUUUAAAAAGAUCAAUUGAUAAUAUUAAAGAUUAUAAUGAUGCUAAUGUUCCAAAUUUGGAAUAUUUUGUUUUACCUGAAGACGUUAAAAAUGUCAAGUAUAUAAAUUGUAUUAAUGAUUUUAAUAAUAUGGUUAUAACCAUAAAAGAAGAACUAAACAAUCAUUGGAAAUAUAAUAUAUACAAUAUAAAUAAUAUGGAUAAUUAUACAAAUGAUAAUUAUAAUAAUAAUAUAUUAACAUAUGAAUAUAUUAAUAAAAUACUUAGGAAAGAAAAAAAAAGAUAUUACAUUGGUAUAGAUAUCGAAUGGGAUAGAUAUAAAAAAAAAAACGUUAGUGUUCUAUCUAUUUCAACAAAUAAAAAAAUUUAUAUAAUAGAUUUAUAUUUUAUUGAUUAUAAUUAUAAAUUAAUCAUAUUUAAAUUUUUUAAAUGGUUAUUAGAAAAUCCAUUUAUAUAUAAAUUGUUUUUUAAUUUUCCUACUGAUAUUAAAAUCAUGUCUUCAUAUUUUCAAAACAUAUCACAUAUAAAUAUAUAUAACAAUGUUAUAGAUUUAAAUGAUAAUAUAUAUAUGUAUUCAAAAAGAAAUGAACAAAAAACGUCUUAUAACAAUAAUAAUAUUUUAUAUUUUGAAACAUUGAAUAGAGAUAUGAUUCAAUCGAAUGAUAUACAUUUAUUCAAACAGUUAGUACAUUCAACACCUUAUCAUUUUAAUAAAAAUAUAAUAAAUAAAAUGAACAGCAAUAAUAAUUAUAAUAAUAUUAAUAUUAAUAUAUUAAACAAACAAAUGUUAAAAUUAUAUUUUAAAAGUUUAAAUGACUUGUGUAUAAAGAUAUUAAAUAAAAAAUUAAAUAAAAAAUUUCAAUUAGCUAACUGGAAUAUAAGACCACUUACCCAUGAACAAAUAAUAUAUGCAUCUAUUGAUUCUUACGUUUUAAUAAAGAUAGAAGAAAUGUUGAUAGAAAAAGGUUAUAUGUCCACAUGUGACUCCAACAACAAUCAAAUGAUGAAUUUAUUUGUUCAAAAAUAUAAGUUGAGAGAUAGUACAUGGGAAUAA